AAACCAGCAGAGAGAGAGAAAAACACAGCCACCCCACCAAAACCACCAGCACGCCGCGCCGCCGCUGCGCCCUUCUCCCAUCCGCCCCGUGCGCCCGCCGCCCUUCCCUAUCCUCGCCGCAGAAGACGGCGGCGCGCCGUGCGUAGCUAGCAGUUCCGGCGCGGCGCACGCGCGUCGAAUAAGGAUUGGAUUUGGCUCUUCGCCUGCCCCUCCUUCGGUCCUUCCCCUUUCGCCUCGUCCGCGGCGGCAAGCUCAAGCUCAGAACUCGCUACAGAGGAGUGCAGAUUUCUCUAGGGAUUCGGUUUAUCCGCGAGGGAGCCGGAUUAGUUAGCGGCUUCGUGAUGGCGGGCGCGAAGGCGGAUGUAGACGCGGAAACGGGAGACGGCGGCGGGGCUGGAGGUGGCAGCAGCGGCGGCUCCUUCAGCGAGCAGAGGCUGAUUGAUAAGCUCAACAGGCUCAACAACUCAGCCACUAGCAUUCAAACCCUUUCACAAUGGUGCAUUUUUCACCGCAAGAGGGCCAAAAGGGUUGUAGACACAUGGGAAAAGCAGUUUACUAUUGCAAGGGAGGAUAAGAAAAUUUCGUUCCUAUAUCUAUCAAAUGAUAUCCUGCAAAACAGCAAACGUAAGGGAGCAGACUAUGUGGAUGAAUUCUGGAGGGUUUUACCUAGAUCACUGAAGCAUGUCUAUGAGAAAGGCGGAGAAGAAGGGAAGAAGCAGGUGGCGAGAUUGAUAUUAAUCUGGGAUGAUCGUAAAGUUUUUGGGAGCCGUAUUGAAAGUAUGAAAAAUGACAUUCUUGGUGACGACCCUCCCAUAUUGGUUAACAAUGGGAAUAGUUUAAAUCCUAGCUCUAAUCCCACUUCAAAUUCCAAAGCUGCACGGAAGGAUUCCGGUACAAUAGUAAAAAAACUCGUUGUUGGCGGGAUGCCUGAAAAAAUUGUGUCUGCAUAUCAAUCAGUGCUUGAUCGCCAUUUUGACGAAGACACAGCUUUAAAUAAAUGUAAGACUACUGUGGGGCUUUUGGAGAGGAUAGAUAAAGAUAUUAACGAUGCUAGCAUCAACGGUAAUCAGCCAGCAUCGUCAUUGAUCUCUGACCUGCAAGAACAGGAAAUGACCCUAAAACAGUGCAUUGAACAACUCGAAAGUGUAGAUAUGGCAAGGGUAUCCCUGAUCAAUCAAUUGAAAGAAGCUCUCAGCGAACAGGAGUCGAAGUCAGUAGUUCUUCGCGGUCAAUUGCAAGUUGCUCAAGCAGAGGCUCAACGUGUCAUCCAACUUAGAGAACAACUGGGCCGUGCCCUUGUCACGAGCGUUACACAAUCAACUUCUAGUCAACUCAUGAUUACUCCACCAGAGCAAACUUCGGCUAUAAUGCAGGGUUCAGGAGUAAGAUCGACACCUCUCCAGUCACAGCCACUGAAUCCUGCAACUUCACUUCCCCCUACAGUCAGUGCAGUGGGUGAUGAGUCCAAGAGAACGGCAGCAGCUAUGGCAGAUAAGCUUGCGUCUUUGUCAGCACCUGUGCAGGUGCUGACCUCCAUUCUCUCAUCUUUUGCUGCUGAGCAAGCUGCUUCCAUAAAUGGCGGAUCGCCUUCUGGAGAAUUCUCUGGAGGACCACCAGGUUUCCAGGUUGAUAAGAGGCCUAGGCUUGAGAAAACAGGGCAGGCUGCUGACAUGGGUGCUCCUCCCUUUUUUGGACAAGCACCACAGGUGCAACAACAGAUUGGAGCAGUGCCUACUUCUCUUGGAGGCACACAUCCACCAACUCCAGGCCCAUUCCCACCCCCUCCACCACCAUUGCCAUCUCUAUUGUCACCGCUCAUGCAACCGUUUGGUCAAAAUACUGGAGGAAUGAUUGGAAUGGGAGGACCUUUUGGGAUGAUGGCUGGCUCUAUGCCACCUCCGCCGCCAUUGACAAACAUUUUGCCAUCAGGUUUUCCAGGACCAAGUGGACCACCUCCUCCACCUCCACUUCCACCAGCUCAGAGCCAGGCCCAACAGCAGCAGCAGUCUCCUCAGGCGCCACAGCAAUCACCAACAUCAGCUGGAUUCUUUCAAUCAUCAGGCAUGGGGUUCUUUCCGCCUGUGCAGCUGCAGCAAUCUCCGUCUGCCCAACGACAGUGAUUCCAAUGGUGGCUAUGGCAUUCAUGGGCUUAAAGGCCACACCUUUUGUUAACUUUGUACAUUAAACAGUAUUCACCGAGUAUCGAGCUUAAAUGUGGUUGGUCCGGCAAGCGAGGCAGGGCCAAUGGCCACGAAUUAGAAGAUUGUAGAAUAGGCAUGCGUCUUUUGCGAUGUAUAACUAUUCCUUGUUUUGUCUGAAGAGUUUUCACUCUUCCUAGUUAUGUGAAGUAGUUAGACUUCGUUUUUCCCUGUUUGCAUUGAUCCCCAGAGGCAACAGGAAGUGACUUUGGAAAACUGUUGCUUAAGAGUUGCCAACUGAUAGAACAGUUGUAGGGCUGAAACAGUUGUAGAACUUACUGGUCAUAGUCUCAUGGAUAUGAUCUGAACUGCAAAUAUUUUCCAUGCUGUUUAAAAUUGUUUUUUUUUCUUAUUAGUUUA